AUGCGUUGCUGGACUGCGCUUCUGGCUGCAGUUGCGCUAAUGUUGGCGCUGUCUGCGUCAUCGGCCGACGCCGCUGUCGCACCUCCGACAACCAUCUGCAAUGCCGUUGACGAGUAUGGCGGCGGUAUGACGCUGACCUGCCCGACCGGACAGACCAUUUCAGCCAUCGUCUUUGCGUCGUACGGUCUGCCCCAACCUUCCCCGUUCACUGUUGGCACCACGCCGUGCUCGUCCAUGGCGUACGAUCCCUGCAACUCGCGCUCCUCCCGCUCCGUCGUCGAGAGCUUCUGUCUUGGCCAGCAGACCUGCACCAUCACCAACACCAACAAUGCUGCGCAGGGUGGCGGCGGUUUCAACUCGUACUUUAACGAUCCGUGCCAGAACGUCGUCAAGCGUCUUUACGUCAGUGCCCUGUGCGUCGAUCCCAACACUUGCGCCGCUCUGACGGACUGCAAGUCGUGUGUCAACAAUCUUAACAUUGCUGGAUGCGGCUGGUGUGCUCAGGACGGCACAUGCCGUUCCGCUCAAGGCGACUGCCCGGCUGCCUCGUACCACAAUCCUUCCAGCACCUACACGGCUGCUCCCAUCUCUGGAACGCCCGAGAUUUACCCCGCCGCUGCGAACGUCACCCUUCGUUACAACAUUCCCGUUGUCGUCCCCAUUACUGUCACUGUCUCCACAAGCAAACCGCUCGAUUUGUUCAUCCUUCUGGACGUUUCUGCCACAAUGGCCGACGAUCUUGCCACUCUGAAGAGCUUUACCCAGACCGCGUUCAGCAACAGCAUCAACAAGAACUGCAACGGCGGAACUGCACCUCCUUCCGGAAGCGAGUGCGCCUAUGUGCGUUUCGGCACGUUUGUCGACAAGCCCGUGGUGCCGCUCGGCGGACCGACCGACUGGAACUUUAAGAUUGCGUCCCAGUACGCGGCUUCGUCGGCCUUUUCGCGAGACUUUUCCAUCGCUCGCAGCGCCGUUCAAGAGCCCACGGCCAGCACGAACGGCUAUUCUGUGAAUGACAGGCCCAACAGCUUUUUGGAUGCUGCUGUGCAGGCGGCUCUGUGCUCGAACUGGGAUCCGACCCAUCGCCACAUGCUCCUCGUCGUCACGGAUGCGCCCUUCCACUUUGCUGGCGACGCCGAGGCGCUUUCGUCGGCCCCACACGCAGUGUACAAGUACGCGCAGCAACGGUGCUUUACCGGCACGGAUGCGGUCUGGGCCUCCACCGAGUACGAGUACCCGACCCUGGGCUUGCUGUCCGCGGCGCUCCUCAGCGAGUUUGUGGUGCCUGCCUUCAUUGUCACAAACGCCGCGUCCAACAACAUCUACACGUCCCUCGUGAAUCAACUUGGCUUUGGUCGCGCCGAUCUUUCCCUGGCCUCGGAUUCAAACAACUUUUUGGCCUUGUUUGACGCCGCCUAUGCCGGCGUUGCCAACAACGUUCUUGCUCGCGUUGGCGACACUGAUGCCGCUCGAUUCGUCAGCCAAAUUUCCCCAUCCACCGCCACGACCUCGCCUGCUACGUUCUCCAUCACGCUGCUCGCGACUGCCAACACCCAAUCCAUCACGUCUGCCACCAGCACGCUUGAGGUCGUCUUCCCCGGCGUUGGAUCGGCUUUCCUGUCCAUCAAGCUGGCGGACUGCAAGGUCCCUCUCUGCGACGAUGCUUGCGCAGCCCUUGACUGCAACGUGAAUGGCACGACCGCAGUGAACUGCGACUGUGGCAAGUGCGUCUGCUUGCCUGAAUGGACUGGUGCUACAUGCAGCUGUCUGCGCGCCAACAACAACCUGCCGUGCCCGGUCGUGAACGGAGCAGACUGCUCUGGUCGCGGCAGCUGCCUGUGUGGCAAGUGCGAGUGCGACAUUGGCUACACUGGCGACGCAUGCAACUGCCCCGUCGCUGCUUGCCAGGACAACUGCAACGGCAAUGGCCAAUGCAUCUGCGGCAACUGCGUCUGCAACGAUGGCUAUUUUGGUCCCACCUGCAACUGCUUUGCUGGUCUCGACUCGUCGAGCGGAUCUUGCCCUGUUGGCAGCAAUUCGCUCGAGUGCUCGGGCGCGAGUCACGGCAGCUGCGACACUUCAAUCAUCAAUCCGCAAAACAACGUGUGCUCUGGUCGGUGCAACUGCCAGUCGGGCUGGUCUGGUCCGACCUGCGAGUGCUCGACAAACAUUUGCGACGGCGGCUGCAAUGAACUCUGCAGUGAAUUGCCCGGAGGCUGCGGCACCUGCAACUGCGGCGCCUGCCAGUGCGCUCUUGGCUAUGACCCAGCCACGAAUUGCAAGUGCCUCCUUGGCGCCACUUGCCCCGUUGACGAGAAUGGCGACUUGUGCGGCGGCGCUGGUCAGUCGACUGGUUGCACGUGCGGCGUCUGCCAGUGCACGUCCGCUUGGACCGGCCCUGCUUGCAACUGCAGCGCCACUCCGUGCAAUGACAAUUGCAACGGUGGUGGUCAGUGCGUCUGCGGUCAGUGUGUUUGCAACGCCGGUUGGACUGGCGAAACGUGUGGUUGCCCCGUCGGUACCACGUGCCCCACCGACAGCAAUGGCGUCACAUGCGGUGGCCAAGGUGUUUGCCAGACGGACUCUGCUGCGACUUGCGGAAAGUGCAAAUGCAACCCUGGUUAUACUGGUGAAAACUGCACCUGUCAAAAUCGCCCUUGCCCAUUCACCUCGAACGGUCUGUGCAACGGACAUGGCUCUUGCCAAUGCGGUGUCUGUGUUUGCGACGAAGGAUUUGUCGGCUCCAAGUGUGAUUGCAAUGCUGGCUCCAAGCCUUGCCCCGCAUCGUCGGACGGCGUUGCAUGCAGUGGCAACGGUGUCUGCCUUCACGUCGACAGCAGCACUUGCGGUGUCUGCCAAUGCGACCGCGAUCCUGUGCGCAAUCUUCCUCUUUGGAAUGGUCUCAACUGCAACUGCUCGACCGUCGGCUGCCCCAUUUCCGGUGGCAUUCCUUGCGGCCGUCAUGGUUCAUGCGGCGCUUGCGGCGUGUGCACUUGCGACGAGGGCUACACUGGUGCCGACUGCAGCUGCAAAGUCGAAGCAUGCCCCAUCAUCAAUGGUCGGGAGUGCAACGGACACGGCACGUGUGGCUGCUUCGGACAGUGCGUCUGCGAGGCUGGCUGGUACGACCAGGGUUGCAUUUUCUGCAACGCGACAAUUCUCGGUGAUUCUUGCCCUGGCGCCAUCUGCAGCAACCAAACUAGCUGCAGCAACUGCACGCGCCUUCCCGAGUGCGCCUGGUGCAGCGCUGGUGGUUUCUGCACCUACAACGAGAGCGCCAUUGCCGGCUGCUCUGGUCCCAUUCUUCAUGGCCAAGCUUGUUCGGUCGACUCUGAGACGGUCGAUGUUGGCGUUGUUACUGGUGCCGCCGUUGGUGCUGCCCUCGGCCUCGCCUUCCUGAUUGGUCUCAUCGCACUGAAGAUUGUUCACACCAUCGCCGAUCGACGCGAGUGGGAAAAGUUCCAGCGUGACAAGGAGAGCAUGCGGUGGAAAGGUGAUGACAACCCGCUGUUCAAGUCGUCCACGAAAGAAUUUGAUAAUCCGCUGUACAAUGCCUCACACCAGCAGUAA